AUGGCAGCACGCAGCGCCGCCCUCAAGCUCGACUGGGCCAAGGUGACCUCCUCGCUCGGCCUGCGCGGCCAGACCGUCGCCUCCCUCCAGGCCUUCAAGACGCGCAACGAGAACGCCCGCCGCAAGGUGCAGCAGCUGUCCGAGCAGUCCACCACCGUCGACUUUGCCCAGUACCGCAGCGUCCUUAAGAACCAGGCCGUCGUUGACGAGAUCGAGAAGCGCUUCAAGGAGUUCAAGCCCGCUUCCUACGACCUCGCCCGCCAGCUCAAGGCCAUUGAUGCUUUCGAGGUUGAGGCCGUCAAGAACGCCCAGGCUACCAAGGAGAAGGUCGACCUUGAGCUCAAGGACCUUGAGGCUACCCUGAAGAACAUUGAGACCGCCAGACCUUUCGACGAGCUCACCGUGGACGAAGUUGCCGCCGCCGAGCCCUCGAUCGACGAGAAGACCUCCAAGCUCGUUUCCAAGGGCCGCUGGUCAGUUCCGGGAUAUAAGGAAAAAUUCGGCGAUCUGUCCGUACUAUAG